AUGAAAUCAAAAAUAUUGAACACUGGCUCAAUUCCUGAAAAAAAGCCAACCGUUUAUUUAAAUGAUGGAUAAGGAAGGGACACUUAUAUUUCUUAUAACAAUGGUGGGAAUUUUGCUUAAGAGUUUCGCUUUUUAGCAUCACCUAAAUAGCCAACUUCAAUGCGGUUGAAAUACAAUUAUAGUGUUCAAUAAGAUUAUUCAACACCAAGAAUCUAUUACUAAGGAGAUGGAACAGGUAGAGACACCUAUAUUUUAUAAAAUGUUAAAGAUAAGUGCAUCUCAGGUUAACUAAAUUACAAGUCUAUGCUAAGAAGUGAUACUAAUUUUGGUUAACUUCAGAAGUAUAGAUAUUAAUUGCCUCCUCUUGCUAAAUAAAAAAUGGGUCUCAUCCAUUAGUAGCAAAAAGUCCAAUCAAGUCGAUUGUCAAUGCCUAAAGGCAAGCUAUUUUUUAAUGAAGAGUGA